CAAAAACAACUCUUUUUCCAUAGGAUCAGUUAUAAAAAGAACUGCAAUGAAAUGAGCAGCUUAUUUUCUCAGUCUCACCAGUCAAAGACUUGCAAACGUUCUGGAAAGAGUGUUGGCUGGCUUGUUCAUUUCUAUUGGGACAAUCAUUGUGUUUCUGCAGGACCAAAGUAGCAGACUGGCUAGUGAAGAAUGCUGUCAGAAGGGUAUCUCAGUGGACUCGCCUACUGGAAUGACAUCUACUGGAAUCAUGCAUCUUAUAAUGAACAGGUGGCUGGGGAAAAGGAAGAGGAGACAACUUCUGUUGCUGCUCUUUCCUAUUCCUCUGUGGGUGAAGAGGAAGUCAGAAGUCUUUACGUGAGCUGCAAAUCCUCUGGCAAGUUUAUUUCUUCACUGCACUCAAGAGAAAACCAAUGCAACAGAAGUCAGAGAGUCACAGUGCUGCAGACAAACCCUAAUCCAGUGUUUGAAAGCCCAAACUUGGCUGCGGUUGAAAUAUGUAGAGACCUCCAUAGAGGGACCUACUUGGUUCCACCUUCCUGCAAAAGCAUUUGCAAGAAUUACAAUGACUUACAUAUUGCAGGGGGACAGGUGAUGGCCGUUAACUCAGUGAUGACAGAUUUUCCCUCUGAGAGCAGUUUUGAAUGUGGUCCUUUGUUGAAGUCAUCGGAGAUUCCUUUGCCCAUGGAAGAUUCCAUUUCCACUCAGCCCAGUGACUUUCCCCAAAAGCCUAUUCAGCGGUACUCAUCAUAUUGGAAAAUAACCAGCAUCAAAGAAAAAAGCAGCCUGCAAAUGCAGAAACCUAUUUCAAAUGCAGUGCUGAAUGAGUACUUGGAGCAGAAGGUGGUGGAGUUAUAUAAGCAGUACAUCAUGGAUGCCAUGUUUCAUGACAGUUCUCCUACCCAGAUUCUGGCAUCUGAACUCAUCAUGACAAGUGUGGACCAAAUUAGUCUUCAAGUGUCUAGAGAGAAGAACCUGGAGACCUCAAAAGCUAGGGAUUUAGUCAUUAGUCGCCUAUUACAGUUGGCAUCAACUGAGAUCAGUACACCUAGUCUUCACAUUUCACAGUACAGCAAUGUGAAUCCAUAGAGAGGAUGCUUCCAUCUCUUUCAUCUACCCCAAAACAAUACUAUAUUGAUUUAUUUGGAAAAUGUGCUGGAGGGGGCUAUAAAAGAGAGUCAAAAACCUGAAAAGCAAAUGUUGGAUAGAAAUUAGGUGUGAAUAAAGAAGAAAUCUCUUAAUAUUACACAUGAUGAAGGAAUGUGGGAAGAUAAAUCAUAAUGGUUUCAAAGAGAGGUUUGCACAGCAACAAAGCAAAAAUAAAAAUGAUCAAAAAAGAAAAGGUUAUGAUCCACUUAAGGGAGCAGAAAAAUCAGAAAAAAAAGACAAGCCAAAUGAGAAUAAGAAAAAAAAAACAUGGCAAAACUAAAACCCCAAAAGUUUCAGGGUAGAGAGUUUUAAAAAAUAGUGUUUUCUACCCAAAUAAAUUCCUCCAAAUUGUUUCUUCUUAAGGGAAAUGGACUGCAGAAGGCUGCUAUAUUUGGGUUGAAAGACAAAUUCAAACAUUUUUUAAAAGUACAUUUGUAGCUGUUUUCUGUUUUCUGUAUCAGUAGAGCUAUUCUUUGUAAAUAUUAAAACUGUACCAAAUUGCAAUUGUGGCUUUUUUUAAUGAUUACUUAGCUACAUCCUCAACCAAAAAACAGCCAUGAAAAUCCCCUAAUUGUUUACUAGUGGAGAUGACACUUUCUAAAUGGAAAAUACCAGAGUGAGCACUAGACCAUUUAGUUUCAUUAUUCUGUGUAUGAUUUUCAUCGGGGUACCAGGCUUCAAAAGAAAUUAUGAAUAUUGUUAGUUUUCCCAUUUCCCUCUCCCUUAUCUAUAUGUAUUCUUGACCUGGAACAUGUAAAGGGUCUUCUGUAUCCUCAAAAGAAUGUUACAAACCCUAGGGUCCCAUAAUUUCAAAUUCUGUAAACUCAUUCACUAGAACUCUAGCUCCAUGGCGGCUUCACUGCUUUCUCCUCUAGCUCAAGAGUUGACAAAUUAUGGGCCAUUGGCCAAACCUACUUUGCUGCCUGUUUCAAACUCCUAGAGCUAAGAAUGACUUUCUCAUUUUUAAUUAUAUUACUUAAUUUUCCUUUGUAGUGUUUUGCUUGAUAUAGUACUUAUUUUUAUAUUUUCCUUCAUGUGCUUCUCCAUAUUCCAAACAUUUCUGGCACAUAGUAGGCAUCCAAUUAAUAUUUGUCAAAUGGAUUAAUAUGUUUGGCCGUGUUGGAUACUACAACUAGUGGUCAAAGUAAGAGACCAUUAAUAUAAAAAUCAGAUAAUUCUUUUUUUUGUUUUGUUUUGG